GGACGUCAAUGCGACUCUCGUAUUCAGGUCUGUAGGCUUAUGGCUCAGUCUUGAAUCAGUGCGUUGUCCCACGCAAUACGUCACGAUGGCUACCAGGCUUUAGACAACCCACCAAUCCGAAUUUUUGGGGUCGGAUAGUGAUGAGUAAUAGAAGCACUCAUUGUGUUCCCCAACUCAUAUCGGUGGCGCCGAGAAGGCUUUUUGCAUUGCGGCGCCUACAAUGCUCGACCUAACCAUCUAUUUCUCACGAGAUGUCCGGGGAUUCAAUAGCAGUUUGGAGAUGCUGAGGAGAGACAAGCUAGACGGUUAGAUACUACAUACCCCUCAGCAACCUCCGUCGUGUUCCCCGGCUUCUUUCAUACCACUGAUCCAGAUCUUGGUACAACCAAUUUUUGGCAUCAGCUAUAUAUGAGUUCCCAUUGUCUACGUCAAUCGACGAUAACAAAUUCCAUCAUCAAGGACUUCUCUUCUCAUACUGCGGAAUGAAUAAACACGGUUCCGGUGGUAGAUUAAACAUUCUUCGCUAAUUCGACAUGGUGUCUCCAAGCCUCAUCUACACAUUCGUCAAUGCUUUGCAUAUACUUCAUUACAAUGGCGUGCUCGACGCCUACGGCCACCUAUCAAUGCGGAACCCAGACAACUCAUCAACCUUCCUCAUGGCCCGCGGCGGCAUAGCGCCCGCUCUUGUGUCUUCUUCCGAAGACAUCAUAGAAUUCCUUAUAGCGGAUGCAUCACCGGUCGACCCCAAUGCUCCAAAGCCCGUUAUGGAGCGUCAUAUUCAUUCCGAGAUCUAUAAGCGUUUCUCGGGGAUCAACAGCGUCGUGCAUAGUCAUUCACCAGCCGUGCUUCCAUACGCCAUCUCCAACGUCCCUCUAAGAGCGGCAAUCCACAUGGCAGGGUUCGUGGGCGAAGAGGUGCCCGUCUUCGACAUAUCUAAAUACUAUAGCAACAACGACACCCAGGACCUUCUUGUGACCAACGUACGCCUAGGCGCAGCUCUUGCGGCCGAAUUCUCGGCCAACAGCAGCCAGGCAACGGCUCUGCCUAAUCACUCUAUCGUGCUAAUGCAGAGCCAUGGUUUCGCUGGUUGUGCUGCUGAUAUCAAAACCGUAGUGUACCAGGCGAUAUACACACAACGCAAUGCACAAGUUCUGUCGGACGCGUUGAACCUCGAGCACGCAUUCGGUGGGAGCACAAAUGACAUCAUCUAUCUGACACCCCAAGAGGCUAUAGACAGUUACGCAACGAUUGGCCAAAAUUUCGAACGACCUUGGUCUCUCUGGGUCCGUGAAGUCGAGGUAUCGCCAUUAUAUGAGAAUUCUGUAAACCCGUAAUAGCCACAGCAGGCACUGGAAUACCAAGCGAAAGAAGCAUCUGAUCUAUGAUUGGGAACAUUUCUACAGCUAGGGAAUGAGUUAGUAGGCAACACUGUGCACAUAUUUUAAUUACGCUCCAUUUUUACCAUACUAUUGGUUAUAUUCAAUCUAUCCUAAUUCCCAACUUAACACUCUCUCUCGCAUCUUUAAAUUUGUACUAAGGUAUGAAACAGAGAGGAAAAUGAGGCUAGUCAGUUUCAAAGCGUGUAGACCGGGUAUGUGAUUUAAGCAUGUGUUGAUGUAUGAACCGAUGGGCCUAAUCCUUGAUGUUUUGUUAGGUUUCUAUUUCUCCUCCGACUUGGUUAUAGACUAAAUUGUCUAAGGUUAGC